ACUCAACUACAGGCCAGGGAAAAUUGGGACAAGAUCAGAUAUAGAAAAGUGUAUUUGUAUAAGUAUGUGUGUAUUUGUUUGGGUUUGCAUGCAAGAGAAAGUGUCUGUGCUUUGUAAAAGGCAUGCACCUACAACCAGAAGAACCGAACAGCCACUGUGGAAUGCAAACUUUGCGCUCAGUUUGCUAUCCCAGUCUUAUCUUCCCUCACAUUUCACAAUCUAGGCUAUGUGGUUACAGCUAUAUACUGGUUAGCAGGCUCAGCACAAAAGACAGUAUGCAUGUCUGAGAAGGCUUUUUGUUCCACUUUCAUCUUAUGUUUGUUCAAGAAUGGGAAAAUAUAAUCAUAUUUAAAAGCAUUGCUAUUCUGCAUUCACUAACUGUGUCAAUAUGUUGUAAAAUACAGCAUUUUGCAGAAAUGAAUCCAAACCUCCUACAAGGUUUUGUCCAUAAUUUGUACAGCUAGUUAAUGUCACCAUCACCCAGUGUUUCAUAAGUUGCUGGAUUUUUCUGAAGUGAAAGGAGAACUUGGGCAAGACUGAAACUGAGUUAAGCAAGAGCUUUUCAUUUAGAAGAAACACCUGUGAGUUUGUCUGUUACAAUGUACACUGUGAAUGCAGCAUUUCAGUGGGAAUAAAGAAAUACACCUUUUAACUCAGAGGUAAAUCACAACACUAUUAAACACAUCUCAUAAAUAGAGGCUAAAGAAAUCAUGAUUUGAAAGAAUGCAUUAAACUGUGCUUUGAGAUUUAGCAUUGAGUGUCCAUGUGUUUGUAAUCUUAAGUAGUGUUCUGAUUUUUUAGUGGAGAAUUUGUGAUUUUAAUAACAAACAUAUUUGGGAGUAUAUGUUCUGUAAUGCAGGAUACUGAUCACUGAUAUUUUCAUUUGAGGGCGAGAGAGAUGUUAUUAGAGCAUUGCUGUGACAUGCUUUCUGGUUGCAGUUAUGUGCACUUGCUUGCAUGAAUCAGAUACAUAUUCUAUAUAACAGCUGGAAAAACACACGUGAUGUGGCUUACAGUUAUUAAAUCUUUAUUUUAAUGAAGAUAAUAAAGAUAGGGAGAUGCAGCUCAUUUUCCUAAUGACAUGACAUAUCUCUUAACUGGAUGCACCAAGCACAAACACAAACCAUACAAAUAUUAGUUUACUAUUCAGAAACUAUGAAACAUAAUGAAGCAGACGUCUAAAAUAAAUUUAAGGGACAUAUUAAAAUGUUGUUGCAUCAAAUAGUGGCCAUAUGCAAAACUAUCAGGAGCUGUGUAGAAACCCCAAAAUCUGAUUAUAUCAUUGAUUCGUAUUAGUGAAUUGGGAAUUUUAGCCAACAUAGUUUUGCAUGUCAGGAAUAUGUUUGCAAAUGUGUAUAAAUGGAAAGUGAACCUGUGACCUCUUCUCUACCAGUAACCGCAAACACUGUCUCAGUUGUUGUAGCAGGUGCUAGUAGCUGUUUUGAGAAAGAGAAAAACUGAAGUGUCUAAAACACCAGAUUAGUCACUACAAUCCCAAACUUGAGCCUUGAUUGAUAAGAUUCUUAUCUCAUUCCUAUCCCAUUUGUAUGGCUGGCAUUGAUACUUUUCAGCAUGUCUCCUUCACACAUGCACAGGCCCGCCAUUGUCAAGGUUGGCCUCGGUGACUGAAGCACCAUUACCUCUCAAAUCUAAUCAGAUUCCCUUAAGUGGAUAACAAGCGUGUCUCCGGCAUUUACAGUAGUGAGAAAGCUGAAGUAAAACCAGGACAAACCGCUGUCACACAAAGCAGAUGUGGUGUUUAGCAGUCAUGGCAUCCCUCCUGCUAUCCGUAGUGGAAAAAAAUGUUGAUUCGCUAACAACUGCCAUCUUGUUUGGCUUGGAGAAGUCAGAUAAGAGCUCUCAGUCUCUACUGACAAGUUGAGUAUUGUGAUGAGACGUUCUUAGCUUGGUGGAUGAGUGGUGAAUAAGGGCAACUAGUCUAGCUGACGAGGAGAAUUUAAAUCUGAGUUUUAUUGUAAAGUCCAAUUCCAAAUUGCCACAGCUAGAAGUGAGUGUUGUGUUGGUAACCCAUAAAUAACUAUAAUUGUUGCUAAAAGUCUCAAAACAUAAUAGACUACUUGCUAGCGAGCAACUCAUUUAAUCAAUUCCAGAAAUUCUUUCUGUGAGACUUGAGAAGAAAUGACACAUUGUUUCUCAUAAAAAUAUAUAUAUAUUAAAGUUGAAAUCACAAGCGCUCUAAAGCACUGUUGCUCAAUUGAGUUCCCUCAGGAGUUUUGUUGCUACAGCCUUAUUUGAUCUGGUAUGAUCAGUUGCUACCUUGACUUUACUUAACCAACGUUGGCUUGGUUCAGUAAAGUCAAGGUAAAGAGUGAGUUAGCUGACUUUAUGAUUCUUCUCCACUUGUGCUACUGUUACUGUGGCUACUGUUUAGCACUGACCAUUAUCCAGUAACUGUCACUAGCAGAAGUUACAGUUAUAGUCUUGCUUUCGAUGCUUUCAUUCUCUGUAAUUUUACUUCAUAGAUGACACUUGUUUUUGGGGUUAUUGUAAUGUUUUAUUAAAGUGACCUUAUUAAUAUGGGACCAGAGAGAAGAGAAUGUAUUUGUCUUCAAUAUCACAUUACUUUUAACCAAUCAGUUAUUCAUGUUAAGUAACAUGGCAUGGUCACCAAGUAAGCCUGCAAAAAGUACUAAACCAGCAUUGUUGCUUAUCUGACUUUCUUCUACUUCCAGUUGAUUAGCAGAGGUCAUAGAAAAAAGUAUCCAUGUAGUUAUAAAAGUUAUAAAGUACAGGCAAGCCCAUAGAGCAUGUUAUUUUGACCAGUGAACAAAAUAAUUUAAAGAGGAAGUUCAAAAGAAUCUGGAUAAAAGAAACAGACAAAGUGACCAUCUACAACUAACAUGACUAACAGGAUAUUAAAACUGCUAACAAUACAUGUAUUAUUAUUAUUAAGUAUACCUAAAAAUACUCUACAGGCCAUAAACUAAUAACAGUGAGCUUCUUUGUUACUCCAGACCAGUAAGUGAACUAAAUAUUUUUAUGUGAAAUGUCCCGUCUGAAAAUAGCCCUAGACCUACAGUAAUAAAAACCUCAAAAUAGCUUUAUUGCAGUUAUUGUUUGGGGACUGAUAAUACUAAACUGUCUACACUGAAACCAGUGAAUGAAUGGUUAAAAAUGGCAUUAGAUGAGUUAUUUAAAACCCCCAUUGGGGAACAAGGGUCACUUGUGCUGCUACAACCCCUGGAGCAGGCAGCAGAGGGCAUUGGGAGCUGACCACUGAUUGGUCAGUCAGACAGAAAAGGGCGGUCCAAAUGAAUUAGUGAUACACACUAAAGGCAGAUAUCCUGCAGUGAUCAAACCAUGGGUGAUCUGACAGACCGGUGUUUGAAGUGAUUAUCAUGCUACGCAACAUAAAGGCUUACGCCCAGCUUUGGGCCUAAUGAAUUCACUUAGGGCCCUUUAGAAGACAUUUGUAGGGGACUGGAAAGUUCAGACACUUACUGAGAAGUCAGCAGAAGAACAGGAUAGCAGCAGUAGACCUGGAUCCCUAAAGCUGACCUGCUGCUACACCAAAACAAGCCAGUCUGAAGAUUAUCUGCUCUUCUGAGAAUGCCACACUUAAGUGACUGCAGUUACUACAUGAUGCUGGACGCAACCAGAGCUUCAAAUGUACACAGCCACCUGGAGAACUCCAAGUUCCACCUCCACCAGACCCAGAAUCAGCAGGUCAAGCAGUACCUGACACUGGGCUCCAAGCUGGCCUCUUCGGCCGGGCAGGGCCACACCAUUCCGCAUCCACACACCCCUGGCCAGCUGGCCACCGUGCCGGUCAUGAGGAACGGACACAUGCCCUCUGUCAGCGACAGCAGUAACCCCAACAGCCCCGUUACCCUGCUCACUAUGGCCAAUCACGACAGCGAGUUUCCAAUGGAUGAAGUUAUUGAUGACCUAAUUAGUCUUGAAUCCGGUUUCAAUGAUGGAGGCUUGGAUUGCAUGGAGCCUAACAUGAUAAUGCAAAGCAAUGUGUCCCUCAGUGGCAGCAUGCUGGACGUCUAUGGGGGUGAACAAGGUAUGAACGCCCCUAAUGGUGGAAUGAGUCCCACAUCUAACCCCACAAAGCUCACUGUAAAAAGGGAAUACACAGAACACGACACAAGGGUGAUGGCCAAAGAGAGACAGAAAAAGGACAACCAUAAUUUGAUUGAAAGAAGGCGAAGAUACAACAUCAACUACAGGAUUAAGGAACUGGGGACACUAAUACCAAAGUCAAAUGACCCUGACAUGCGCUGGAACAAAGGCACUAUCCUGAAGGCCUCGGUGGAGUACAUAAGGUGGCUGCAGAAGGAGCAGCAGCACGCUCGGGAGCUGGAGAGCCGUCAGAAGAAGCUGGAGCAAGCAAAUAGGAGACUGCUUCUGAGGAUCCAGGAGCUUGAGAUCCAGGCACGAGCACAUGGCCUCCCAAACAUGGCUACAGCCUUGGGGACAACUGAACUAUCCACCCAUCUCCUCAAACAACAACAACAGCAGCAGCAGCAACAGCAGCAGCAGCAGUCAUCUCCCCAGACCCAGCAACCCCAGCAGCCGCCCCUCUACCAAGAAGAUCCCAACAGCGACUACCUGCAAAGGAUAGCCGUGGUGGCCGGUGUGCCGUCCAUCCCCACUGCCAGCGGGCCGCAGGACCACAUUGGUGCAGACGGCUGCACCACAUUCUCCGACCCGCUGUCCCACUUCACAGACUUCUUCAGCGCUACCCUCAAGGAGGAGCAUCGGCUGGACGAAAUUCUGAUGGAUGACCCACUAUCGCCCUUUGGCACCGACCCCCUCCUCUCAGCCAGCUCACCUGGAGCCGCAUCCAAGGACAGCAGCCGCAGGAGCAGCUUCAGCUCUGCUGAGGGUGACGACCUAUAAGGAUGCCCUCUUCAGCUACACACUCUUGUUAUCUCCUCAUGACAAUACAGUUGUAAACCCCACUGGUAAAGGACAUACACAGAGCCUUUGAAAGACUGAUGGCGCAACUUGCAGGGUUGCAAAUAAUUUAAAUGACUUACACACCUGACAGUGCCCCCUCAAAGUGCCACCUGUACAUAGAGUGUGUAGUUUGAUCAGGUGGGUGUUCGAGCUGGAAUGGCCCAAAAGCUUGCAUUCUCCAGAGCUCAGCGGGAUCAGGAAGAGCUCGUGGACCUCCUGCUUCUCCACCUGCUCUUUUUCACUUUUCUAUAGACAAUCAAUAUGUUUUGCGGCCUCCCGGACAGAGCAGAAACAGACCUGCAAGAAAAAGGGAGACAUUUAUCAGCGUUUAAGUACAUUAUGUAUAUGACCACUGUUGUUCUACUGUUGUUUUGUUGUUUUAUGGGGGGGGGGGGGUGUAAACACUGUGGUAGCUUUACACUGCAACGUAUGCAAAAUAAUCACUGAAAACCUGCCAAAGCUGUCCUUUUUUUACUACUUCACAAAAGGAUGUGAGGAUGCGUGCCUUAUUCAGACUCUCAUUUUUGUCUUUAAAAAGAUGAACAUGUAACUGAUAUACUCACCGCAAUGCCUAACAUGUUGUUUGUCUUGUUUAUGUAUUUAUAUGUUUUAAUCCAUGUAUUCAUAAAAAAUAUAUAUAUAUAUAUUAUUAUUAUUAUCUAACAUGUUACCUUUUUUAUUCUUAGUAGGGGUGGGACAAAUAUAAUAAACCCCUUUUUUUGAUAUACCCGA